AUGGCGAGCGAACGCCUUGAAGCCCUUGUUCAGGAGUGGCUCAGGAUUGACAAAAACGAAGCCACGCGGAAGGAGAUCGAGCAGCUAUGGGCGAGCAAGGAUCUGGCGCAGCUGGAGUCGAGGCUCGGGUCUCGGAUCGAGUUCGGGACGGCGGGCUUGCGAGGAAGGAUGGAAGCCGGCUGGAGUCGCAUGAAUGACGUAACGGUCAUCCAUGCUUCGCAGGGCCUCUGCGCCUACGUUCUCCAAAACGUGCCCAACGCCGCCGAGCGCGGCGUCGUCGUCGGGCACGACCAUAGGCACAACUCGGAGCGGUGGGCAAAGCUGACGGCGGCGGCGUUCGUUGAGAAGGGUGUGAAGGUGUAUUUGCAUCGGGGGUUGGUGCAUACGCCGCUAGUGCCGUUCACUGUGAAGAACCGGGGAGCGGCGUGUGGGGUUAUGAUUACAGCUAGCCACAAUCCGAAGCAAGACAAUGGAUAUAAGGUCUACUGGGAGAAUGCCGUACAAAUAAUUGCACCGCACGACACUGGCAUCUCUGCCUCCAUCGAGCAACACCUGGAACCGACAACCUGGAAUGUCGAUGGCCUGGCGAGCUCUGUGCUUUGCGUCGACGUCACGCAGGAGAUGAAGGAUGCGUACUUCGAGAGUUUGUUGAAUAUUGUGCAACCCGCCAUCGACCCCCCACCAGUCAAGUUCGUCAACACCUCGAUGCACGGCGUCAGCCAUCCGUUCGUGACGAGGGCGUUCGAGAUCUUGAACUUCCCGCCGUUCACGCCGGUCGCGGAGCAGCAGAACCCGGACCCGGAGUUCCCGACUGUGAGGUAUCCGAAUCCGGAGGAGAAGGGGGCGCUGGACCUUGCCAUGAAGACCGCCGCUGAGCAGGGCGCGCAGAUCAUCCUCGCCCAGGACCCCGACUCCGAUCGCUUCUCCGCCAUCGAAGCCAAACCCGGCGGCGGGUGGACGACGUUCACAGGCGAUCAGCUCGGCACGAUCUUUGCUGCCUCCGUCUUCGAGAAGUAUAAGGCCGCUGGGAAGCCGUUGGACAAAUUGGCGAUGGUCGCGUCGACGGUGAGCUCGAAGAUGGUGGCGGCGAUGGCGGCGAAGGAGGGGUUUAGGUUUACGGAGACGUUGACGGGUUUUAAGUUCAUCGGGAAUGCCGCGCUUGAUCUGGCGAAGCAGGGAUAUGAGGUGCCGUUUGGGUACGAGGAGGCGAUUGGGUAUAUGUUUGGGGAGACGAAGGAUAAGGAUGGGGUGGCGGCGACGAUUUCGUUCGUGGACCUCGUCUUGUCGCUGUACAAGCAGGGGAAGACGGUGAAGGGAUAUUUGGAUGAGUUGUAUGAGAAAUACGGCUACUUUGAGACCCGGAACAGCUACUUUAUCUGCGGCGACCCGAAGGUCAUCACGACGAUCUUCAGCGGUCUGAGGAAUACGAACUCGGACAAAGACUUGCUCCGCCGCUACCCGCACACCAUCGGCGGGCUCAAUGUCACGGCUGUCUCUGACUUGACGGUCUACUGGGACAGCCGCCACGGCGCGCCGCGUCUCCCUCGGUCGUCCGGGCAGAUGAUCCAGUUUUGGGCGGCGGGCGAGGGUGUAAGGAUCACGUUGACUCUCAGGACUAGUGGGACGGAGCCGAAGAUCAAGUACUACCUGGAGGGCAGCGGGACGGACCGGGCUGCGGUGAGCGAGACGCUUGGGAGGGUGGUGGAGGAUCUGCGGGUGAACUGGAUGCAGGCGGAGCAGUUUGGGUUGUUGCAGCCUUGAAGAUGAACGAUGAGGGUUGUAACAAUAGGCGCGAGAUAGCAACGAAGAGAGAAGUAUACAAGCAGGGCUACCGAUACAAGAUUGUCAUCAAC